AUGGCCUCUGAUCCCGACGUGGGGGGUACAUCGCUGCACAGUGAGGUGCAGCACUGCUACCAGCUGUGGUCGCGCAUUCCGCGACCUCCAAACGCCUUUAUGCUGGUCGCUCAUGAAAAGAGGCGGUCGGUGGCCCCUGAGAACCCGAACGAAAACAACCAGCCUGUGAGUAGCCGCCUGGUCAAGUUGUGGCGUUCUCUCAGCGCCGCCGACAAAGAGCCUUACCAGCGCAAGGCGGCCGAAGUUGCCGCUGUCCACCGAAGGAAGUACCCGGGCUACAUGAACAAUCCACGUGAGGCCCAACGGUGCAAGGGGCAGGAACGCAGAGCCAAGGCGGUUGCCAGCAAGCUCAAGAGGGGCGCUUCCGGGGACCAGGAGCAGCAGCCGAGCAUUUCGAUGGCCGUGGCUCAGGAUCGAGGCACCCCGCAUUUCCAGCAGCAACAGCAUCCGCCGCCGCCUUCGAAAAGGAACGGACACUGUGCAACCAGCGCUGCUUGGUGCAACGAUUCGGGCGCUGGUCAGGGAAUGCCACUCCCUAGGCCGUCGGCCAUUAUCGCUGCCACGGCGUCGGCUCGCUCGGCUGCGCGGCCCUACAACGUGCACCGGUUGCCCGGUCCUCUGCCAACAUCAGUGCCUAGGGCCAACAGAGAAAACGCCGUGCCCACUGUUCCGUUAACGGCAGCUCGCGUAUUUGAAUAG